AUGACUCUCACCACGAAUCUUCUCCCUCUUGACUAUUACGAGAUCCUCAACCUCCCCUUCACGAAUGCGUCCCUCUCGAAGCAAGAACUCAAAGCCGCAUACCACCGCGCCCUACUCAAACACCACCCGGACAAGGCUGCCGCCGCCAGCACACCCGCUCAGGAUGCGCCUCUAGGUUAUCUGGCCUCGAACAACACCCCCAGCUCCCCGCCACAGACGAGACCCUACACGAUAGACGAAAUUACAGCUGCAUACAAGACUCUCUCCGUUCCGUCUCUACGCGCCGAGUAUGAUCGCUCCCUGCGACUGGAUCGCGCGCGGGCCGCCGCGGGGCAGGAAAAGGCCGGGGGCAACGGGGUGCUGUUUCACACGGGGUUAGAGGUGGUGGAUCUGGAGGAUCUGGGCUGCGCGGAAGGUGGAGACGGCGAAGGAGAUAUAUGGUAUAGAGGGUGUCGCUGUGGGGAUGAGAGGGGAUUUCUUCUCACGGAAGAGGACUUGGAGAGGGAGGCGGAGAAUGGGGAGAUCGUGGUCGGGUGUCGGGGUUGCAGUCUGUGGAUGAAGGUCCUGUUUGCGGUUGAAAAUGAUGGCAGUGAUGAUGAGCAGGAGCGAGAGGGAGAGGUGCAGAAGCAGGGAACCUGA